AGGAGCCGGUGAUUUGACAUUAGAGGUCCACUGAGUCAGUGGUUUUUGGAGGGGCGGAGCUGGUGUCAUUGGUAGUCGUGUUAUCCGUGGGAUAGUUAUCUUAUAUCGUCCGGUCGCAUCCGGGACUAUCGGCAGAUCAUAACUGCAUCUUCCUUACAACUGGACAUAGGGCUUAUCAUUUCCCUCCUCGCUAUUGAUAUUGUUGUUCUUCUCUCGUUGUGUUUUGGACUUUACUUUGUUUCUUAAGUCGCGUAAAAGAAACAAAACCCCUUCUUUUAUUCGUUCGAUUGUCUUAUUUUGUUUCACUUGGACCUCUUCCGUCGGAUAAUAAUGGUCAUAACUGAGACAAACCUUAACAACCUGAGAACAACAGGAAACGUCAUAAAGAAAGAGCCACACGCAAUGGGUCCCACCCUACAGGAACUAGAUGACGUCAUGCUCGAGUUCACACCGGAUACGGAAAGCGGCGACGAAGCUGACAUUGAGGGUGCCCUCGAAGAAAAACCACAAACAAUCCAGACGACGACCAAAGGCGGGAAGAAAGGAAGGAAAAAUGCAAAAGCAACUGUCGGAGAAAACGGCGAGAAGCCGCCACCCAAGAAGCGAGGACCAAAGAAGAAGAAGAUGACGAAAGCAAGGGUUCAAAAAUUUAAGUUGAGGAGAUUGAAAGCGAACACGAGAGAGCGCAAUCGUAUGCAUGGACUAAACGACGCCCUUGAUCGUUUGAGGAAGGUGGUUCCUUGUUAUUCCUCUACUCAAAAGCUUUCAAAAAUCGAGACACUUCGGCUCGCAAAGAAUUACAUUCAUGCUCUAGCGGACAUUCUACGGACGGGUGUCGUUCCGGACAACAUCUCCUUCGCACAAACACUGUCACGUGGUCUGUCUCAGCCAACCACAAACCUUGUAGCAGGUGCCAUGCAAUUGAAUCCGCGGACACUUCUCCCAGACGACCAGACCUCACCUUACAGUGCCUGGUCCACCGGUGUCCCAAUGAACAGCAUGACCGAUAGCUAUGGUUAUGAUUUGUCGAACACAUCGUCGCAUCACAGAGUUGGCGAGAGCAUGACUUCAACUGGUAUCUCCAAUGCCGGGUCAUCUUCACUCCACCAUCUCUUUCUCCCGUCGGACGGGUACUGCAGCUCGCCUCCUGAUCUUUUCCAUCGUCAGUUCGACCCAUCUUCAGCCACUGCUCCGACCUCCUCCCCGAGCUCAACCUUCAGCUGCCAGUUUCAGCAAACCUCUCCACCGCCGCCAUCUUGCCUGACUUCGAGCGCCGAUAAAUUCUCGCAGCGCCCUCUAUCGUUUCCACACCAUGACUCUCUCGCCUUUGCGACGGGUAAUCCGGUGUAUACACCUUAUUCUGACAUCUCAGUUGGUGUAAACGAUGUAACAAGCACUUCCAGUAUUUAUUCAAACACCGGUGCUACGCCUGAACACUAUAAUCUUAACACCUCGAUGGCCGACAAAGGCUACAGAAAUCUAGGACUUAUAGGAUGUAAUGGACAAGACCUCUUCCGUGGUUAACAUAGGAUUAACACCGGUGCUACACCAAAACCUUAACAGGGAAAUGAAAUAAGCACCAGCAUGGACUUAAACAACACUUAGUAAACAUGCUUUGAUUCAUUAUAUUGUAUUCUUGACAUACAUUAUAUGAUGGUACAUUUCUUUAUUUUUCAAAAUGGAAAAAUUUAAGAGAGUUUCCUAAACAGAAAGCAGUUCCAAGUACUAUACCCAUAAUGCAAAUUAUUAUGCAACGCUUUAAACGUUCGCAUUAGGUGAUAUUAUUGUUAUUUUCAUUAUCAUUACAAUCUUUAAGUUUUAAUUGGCUAAUUGCAUUUUAAAUGAGACAUUAUCUAGAUAUCAUUUAUUGAUGGUUGUUUUUCUUAAGAACAAAUAACUCGAGCUUUUUUAAUUCAAGAGGAACACGUUGUAAUCUCAAAACGCCCCCUUUCCAACGAAACCUUUGUGUGAUUUUAUAGAUACAAUCAACUGAAGUGCAAUAUCUCACGCAGCUCCUAUGUUGUAAACACAAUUUAUUUCGUGCGUGUGCUCAAUAUAAAUUUAGUGUGCUAUUCAAAAGUAUGGAAACAACAAUGCCUUUUAAUCAUAAGAUGCGAUUGGCUUCCAGUCUUCCGCUUUUUUUGUACCGAAAUCUCUUACGUCAUGUUUUGAAGUGCGGGAAAUUCAAAGUAACCAAAGGGCCGAUUUCAUGCAGGCGAUAUAUUUUUAUUGAUUCAGUGAUAGAUUCAGCAACCAAUUUAGAUGUUUGUAAAAUUAUAAUUGUAUUUAUUGAUCAUAUGAUAUGAAAUUGUGUUUUUACUACAGCUAGUAUGUGCCGAUUCAAAGCUGUUUUGUAAAAUAUAUCGUAUUCUUUCAUGUGAAAUCAGUACCUACACCAUGUACACCAAUCAAUCAGUUCGAAAAAAGUGGAAGAGGUACGCAUAGACUUUUACGUUGAGAUUACGAGAAAUAUCGAAAUAAAUAAAGGCCUCAAAUCAAACCGAAAUAGGUCUUUCCGGAGGUCUUUUAACUUCUUAAAGGUCAAGUCCAGCUCAGGAAAAUGUUGAUUUAAAUCAAUAGAGAAAAAUCAG